UAUCCAGACGAUAGAAGAACAAAAAGUAAAAUUUCCCCUAUUUUUGGGUUAGAUCUGAAACGCGAACGAAAACCCUAACUCUAGUCGCCGCCGCCGCCGCCUCUUUCAAUUGUAGGCGGCUGUCUCGCGAUAGAGAGGGAAAUUCGUCAAGAUUCAGAUAUAGGGCUCAACGGCGACGAUGUACGACGACGAUGAAGACGAGGAUACGAGUACCGGGAUCUCAGGAUCUUACACUGGAUUGGGAGGUGUUGGAAAAAUAUCACAUUGAAAUGGCUUCAUCAUCAACUGUGGAAGGUAACUCCUGUGUUGAAGUUGAUAUUAGAUUCAUAUUGAAACAAUGCGAGUGUGGUGAAUUAGCGGAUGUGAAGAUAACGAAGUCGAACAAGAACAAUAACCGUGGUAGAAUUUACUACUCGUGUAAAAGGCAAAAGUGCGGCUCGUUUUUGGGCUGGUGCAAGAUUUCAUCAGUUGAACAAAUACCACUCGUCAUUGCCCCACCAGAGGCGCGUGACGUGGUUGUUGUACGUGAAAAAGUGUUGUGGAAAUGGUUAACUGUUAUAGCUUUUUUGUUGUCUUUUUCUUUGGCCAUGAAAGAAAUUAUGUGAUGUGUUGGAAUGAAACAAGACUUUGUAAGCGAGGAAAUUAUGUGUUGUGGAAUCGGUAUUUUGUAAUGCUUCACGCUUUGAUGUGUUGGAAUGAAACAAGUUUGUUAAUUUU